AACCACCGAGCAUUCAUCGUCUAAUCAAAGUGAUUGCAGAAAUCUAUCAACACACUUUUCAAGAUGAAGUCGUUCUUCGUCAUCACUCUAGUUCUAUUUUCAUGUCUGUGUCUUGUUGGAGUCACCGAAGCCGUUGCAGUUUCAAAGGAAGGAACACAAGAUGAAGCUUUUGACCCUGAAAACAUUCUAGAUUCAGGCAAACUGGCCCAGACAGACGAGGAUAUAAUCUCUGAAAUUAGAAAACAAGUACUAUUCCUUCAGGAAUCCGUUGCUGAGAUCACUCGUUCCUUCUCAACUCUCGAGCUCGUCGCGAAGAAUCCAUCAAUGAUGGCCAAGAUUCACAUUCCUGACUCUGUCGGGACCGAGUUUGAGCUGAGAGAACCUGAAAAGACACGACGUCGAAGGCAAGUCGACUCGCCAUCGACUGUCCCGACAUCGGUCACAUCAUCAGGCGCCGAGCAGCCAAGCCUGGGUCAGAACCCAUUCGGACCAUACUCAUGGCCUAUGUAUUCUGGUCAAUGUUUCUUGUGUCCUGCUGGUGUUCCUGGACGAAUAGGUCCCCCAGGACCACAAGGGGUUGCCGGAAGGGAUGGCAGAGACGGACGGGAUGCGUCGACGAUUCCACAAGCUCAAGAAACACCCACUUCACCCAGCGACGAAAAAAAACCACUGGUGAUACGGUAGUGCCUGCAGUAGGUAACAUUACAAGUCUCCCUGGUGUCAUCUAUACUCGCUGGGGCAACGAUGUAUGUCCCGAAGAUGCAGAACUCAUCUAUUCAGGUUCUAUUGGAGGUGCACACUACGGUCAUACUGGUAGCGGCUCAAAUCAUCUCUGCAUGCCAGAAGAGCCUAUAUAUGACGAAGUAGAAACUUCCACACACGCUGAUCGAGCCCUACUUUUCUCUACUGAAUACCAACUCAAUACUGGUCCUUCACGCAUGCAACCAAUGCAUGACCAGACUCCGACCUGUGCAGUCUGCAGGGCGCCCUCUGGCCGCACCAGCAAACUUAUGAUUCCUGCCCGCAACGUGUGUCCUUCUCAAGAAUGGCGUUUAGAGUACGCUGGUUAUCUUAUGGCAGAGAAAUACACAACCAAGAGAUCGGAAUUCGUGUGUGUGGACCGAGAGAUGGUUCCUAAAGCGGGGACCCAGGGGAAUCAAGGAGGUGGGUUGUUGUUCAUGACAGAAGUCCGGUGUCUGGCGGGUGGGGGCUUGGAUUGUGGACCCUACAUCGACGGUUACGAAAUUACAUGCGCUGUUUGUACUAUCUGAAGUCCUACUAAUAAAUGUUUGUUCCUUGUGUAUAGUUUGACACAGUUGUAAGUUCUUGUUAUGCUUUUAGAACAUCUUAGUUUCAUACACACAACAGUGAUAAAAUAUACACCUUAGUUUCAUACACACACAAGUGAUAAAGUGUGAACCUUAGUUUCAUACACACGACAGACUGUGAUAAAAUGUACAUUAUAGUUUCAUACACAUACCGGUAAUAAAGUGUAAACCUUAGUUUCAUACACACAAUAGUGAUAAAAUGUCAACCUUAGUUUCAGACACAUACCAGUGAUAGAGUGCAAACCUCAGUUUUUAUACACAACAGUGAUAAAGUUUCUGAUAAAAUUAGGCCUCGCUUGUCGAUGGUUCUCUAAAUGUUGUUAAUGUUUAUUGAAUUUCAUGGUAGAUUUUCUUUUCAUUUAGGAAAGAAUAGUUCUGUUGCUAUAAACCUGAAUUUUCUGAAACAAAUUAGCUUUCAUUUUUUACAGAAGUGUGAAACGAAACAUAUUGAUCGUUUAAUGUACAUGUGAAUAAUAAGAAUUUACUUUAAUUGAAUUUAAUUAAUUAAACAGACAUUGCCUUUAUAAUUCAAAAUGUGUGGAGGUGUACCUAGUUUUGCCCGUAAUGGUUGACGGGAAGUAGCUUGCUUUAGAUCAAUCUUAUUUGCUUAUGGAGAUUUUUUUAUAAUAAAAGUAUGUUUCUUAGUCAA